CUCGAGCUCCGUCUCCUGACUUUCGUUGGCCGACUUUCUGCCUUCCCUGUGUGUGGGGGUCAGAUUGCAAACUGAAAUAGUGGUAGUCGCGGCGCUCCCCAGUUAACUUUCAUUUGAGUCUGGCUUUCAGUUCGGCGGGCACCGUAGGUGUUAAGCUCAGGUUGCACAGGAGGGAAUUGCCCGGAAGGGUGAAGAAGGACUUGCCUGAGAUGCAGCUAGGAACCGCCUUGGAUUUGAACUCGGGGUAGAAAAAUACCGGCCACAGACACUGAAUGAUCUCAUUUCUCAUCAGGAUAUUUUGAGUACCAUUCAAAAAUUUAUCAGUGAAGACCGGCUGCCACAUCUGCUUCUCUAUGGACCUCCAGGGACGGGAAAGACAUCCACCAUCCUAGCCUGUGCCAAACAGCUGUACAGAGACAAAGAAUUUGGCUCUAUGGUCUUGGAGCUGAACGCUUCAGAUGACCGAGGAAUAGAUAUCGUUCGGGGACCCAUCCUGAGCUUUGCUAGCACAAGAACAAUAUUUAAGAAAGGCUUUAAACUAGUGAUCUUGGAUGAAGCAGACGCCAUGACUCAAGACGCCCAGAACGCCCUGCGGAGAGUGAUUGAGAAAUUUACUGAAAAUACCAGAUUUUGCCUCAUCUGUAACUAUCUGUCCAAGAUCAUCCCCGCCUUGCAGUCCCGAUGCACGCGGUUCCGUUUUGGCCCCCUGACCCCCGAGCUCAUGGUCCCCCGCCUGGAACAUGUCAUAGGAGAAGAGAGAGUCGACAUAAGUGAAGACGGGAUGAAAGCGCUGGUAACGCUUUCCAGCGGAGACAUGCGGCGGGCCCUGAACAUACUGCAGAGCACCAAUAUGGCCUUUGGGAAGGUGACAGAGGAGACGGUGUACACCUGCACCGGGCACCCGCUCAAGUCUGACAUCGCCAACAUUCUGGACUGGAUGCUGAAUCAGGACUUCACCACGGCCUACAGAAAUAUUAUGGAGCUGAAAACUCUGAAGGGGUUGGCGCUAUAUGAUAUCCUGACAGAGAUACACCUGUUUGUGCACAGAGUUGACUUUCCAUCUUCAGUUCGAAUACAUUUAUUGACCAAGAUGGCCGACAUUGAGUACAGGCUUUCUGUUGGCACCAACGAGAAGAUUCAGCUGAGUUCCCUCAUCGCUGCCUUCCAAGUCACCAGAGACCUGAUCGUCACAGAGGCCUAAAGGUGGAGCCUGCUCGGACAGCGGGCUCAGGGUCAGAGAUGCUGCCGCAUCACCACAGGUCUUGGGCAGCCGUCCCGGACGUGGGGACAGGCCCUAGACAGCUGUGCCAGCUCGCGUGUAUGGCUGUGGUAUUGUGCUGCCGUUUGUCUUUUGUUGGAGGGGGGAAAAUAUACCCUUUUUUUCAACCUUAAGGCUUUUUACUCUUGACUUAGAUGACAGGAAAUCUGCCUAUUCCAUUUUGGCCUGGAACAUAAGGCUUUCAGAUCUUACCUGGUCCAACUUUCUUCCAAUUCAAGGUAAACAGAAAACCUCCCAAACUAAGUUUAUAAAUCUAAUCUGUGGCCAUCUGUUACCUACUUAAAAUUAGUACUGAAGGAUUUCUGCCCAAAGUGACUUGUACCCUCAUAAAACAGACUCAGUUCUCUUGAAUUUAAAAAUUGGUGUUUUUAUUUCUCUUCUUGAAGAGCAUUACUAGUAGGUUUCUAGUUGUUUGGACAGUAGAGAAAAUUUUACUGAAAAUGAUGCUGUUGAGGUCAGAGGUUGUACAAACCUCCCUUACUUCACCCAGGAAGAACCUGCAUGAGAUGAAGCCCGGUCCUGAACCUACAACUGCUGAACUUAUGACUGGUACAAAUGUAGCAGUUUAUUUUAUAGCAAUUAUAUUGCAUUUAUCAUAGUGUUCUUCAUAAUAAAAAUAAAGCAGCCUGCUUUUUGGUUGUAUUAUAAGUGACUUCUUAUUCGGUGUAAAGAUGCUGACUUGUUAAUUUGCAUUUACAUGAAAGCCUCCUCUGUCUCUGCUAUCACAGAGUCAACUCCUCUGGAGGCUGUUCUUUAGGCAGGUGUCAGAUUCUUCUGUUAUCAAAAGGAAGAAGUUGGUUGUUUCCAUCAUUCAGACAACUUGCUGCCAAGGUCACCAGUCAAGCUGGAGCUGGCUGGAUGGGGCCUCCCGAACCCAUGGAGCCUCCCAGCCUAUGCCUCUGGGCCUCUGGGCCACUGCGCCAGUAACCACGGAGCCGAACUCUGCCUGGCCCAUUCCCCACUAUCCUGUUGUACUCAUUCGUUUUAGAAGGUGAUUUUUAUUUUUCCCUUAAUGAGAAUAGCUAGAACUUUAAACUUUCCCUUCAGAUGAAAGCUUCUCAUCUUGAAAUGUUUUUCUUCAGCAACGAAGGUGGUAUAAGACUCCUAGUUUUUCAACAUAAUGACCCAUUGGCCUCCAUCAAACACCAUUAGGAAGCCAAAGGAUAAGACGUUGCAUUUCUUUUAAAAUAAUUUAAAAUAUAUUAAAUUUUCCAAAGGCAGAUUUUGUUUGAAUGAGGUGUCUAUGUGCCACUAAAGGAGAACAGUACU